AUGGAUGCAGCAAAUACCCCACUUCAGGAAAAGCCAUCGCUCAAGGAACCUGGGUUGAUACUUGGGCAAGAUGAAAAUGCUGUUUUGCAGGGCCAGAUGGCCAGUCCAACUUCAUGGCACAAUCCUGCUCGCUUUUUGCUAAGCUGCACGAGUAGUUUGGAUGGGAUUAUCAUCAUUCUGAGCGCUAUUGCUGCCAUUAUAGGAGGUGCAGCAAACCCUUUUGCGCUGCUUCUUCUUGGAAACAUGGGUCAGUCAUUUCGAGGCUUUUUCGUUGGCGACACCACGUUGGAAGACUUCACCCGAGAGGUCAAUCAGCUCAGUCUCUUCUACGUCUACCUAGCCAUUAUUGAAUUUGGAACAAUCUAUGCUGCAACCGUUGGUUUUACCCUAGCGGGAGAACGCAUCGGACAACGUAUCCGUGAGAAGUACCUUGCAGCCAUUCUGCGCCAGAAUAUUGCCUAUUUCGACGGGCUCGGCGUCGGCGAAGUGAACGCGCGCCUUACGACAGAUAUUAGCCUCAUUCAGGAUGCCAUCACAGGCAAAGCGUCAACCACGAUCUCCGCAAUUGCGAUAUUUGUCUCGGCCUUGAUCAUCAGCUUCAUAAAGAGCUGGAUCUUGACACUAGUUGUAUUCCCUGCUCAGAUUUUGAUUGUCGGAACCAUGAGUGUAGGCGCAAAAUUCAUGAUAAAGUAUACGGUGCAGUCAACAGAAGCGUACGCGCCAGGGAUGAGCAUAGCAGAAGAAGCGAUUAGCUCUGUGCGGACCGUCACUGCGUACGGUAUGCAGCAGACGCUGGUCCGCCAGUACGAAGAGCACGUUGCGAAGGCGCGUAAGGCUGGUUCUAAGAGUGGUAUUGCCCUAGCAUGUAUGAUUGCGGUGAUGAACGGCAUUAUCUUCUGGAGUUACGGGCUUGCGUUUUGGCAGGGUUCGCGCUUCCUCGUUCAAGGCAAAGUCUCACUCUCUGCUAUUUUGACGAUAUUAUUCGUCAACAUUACGGGAGCAUUCGCACUGGGUAACAUCAGUCCUCAUACUCAAGCAUUUGUAAAUGGUAUUACAGCGACAGACAAGAUUUCCCAAGCGUGUUGUCGUCAGUCGCCGAUUGACUCCAGCGUCUCUACAGGAACGAACCCGAAAACACGCACGGGGGCAAUCGAGUUACGGAAUGUCCGCCAUAUAUAUCCAUCACGCCAGGAAAGUUUGAUAUUAGACAAUUUUAGUCACUCCUUCCCACCAGGUAAAAUGACUGCUAUUGUGGGUUCAUCAGGUUGUGGUAAGAGUACAAUUGUGGGGCUUCUUGAGAGGUUUUACCAGCCAGUCAGCGGCAAUAUCUACUUGGAUGGUGUUGAAAUUUCUACGAUUGAUGUCUCAUGGCUGCGUCAGCAGAUCGGCCUAGUUAGCCAAGACCCCAGUCUGUUCUCUACCACCAUAUUUGAUAACAUACGGUUCGGGCUUCUCGACUCCAUUCAUGAGAGUCUGGAUCCUCGGCUGGUUAAAAAGAUGGUAGAAGAUGCGGCAAGGGUAGCUAAUGCCUACGACUUCAUCAUGGCCUUACCAGAUGGCUUCUCAACCAAUGUUGGCGACUCAGGAUCAUUGCUUUCCGGAGGCCAGAAACAACGUGUCGCUAUUGCAAGAGCCAUUAUUGGUAAUCCAAGAAUACUGAUAUUGGAUGAAGCCACAUCAGCUCUCGACGCUGUUGCGGAGCGACACGUUCAGCAGGCUCUACAAGCUGCCUCUCAGGGCCGAACGACUAUCGCCAUCGCUCACAGAUUGUCUACAAUAUGUGCAGCUGACAAUAUAAUCGUUAUGCGCAAGGGGCGUAUUGUUGAAGAAGGUACGCAUGUGGAGCUCAUGGAGUUGAGGAAAACAUACUUUGAUAUGGUUAAUCAUCAGGGAGCCCACAAGACUACAGACAAAGAGAUUUUGGAAGAAUCAUCCAUUCAAAGUGAUCUCGAAGAGAACGCUGUAUCAGAGAUACUGCCAUUAAACUCUGACGAUAAAUCUACGCCAGUGACAACCACGCUGCAACAUGAUCCGCAGAAACCAAGCUCAAUGUGGAACUUAGCAAUUUUUGUGCAUAGCCUUAACCCAAAAGAUGGUCUUUUGGUUGCAUUCGGUCUUGGGUUCUCUCUGGUUGCUGGGGCAAGUCAUCCUGUCCAGUCGAUAUUCCUCGCAAAGAUUAUCUCCGCACUAUCCCUGAAGUCCUCGGAGUACAGCGCGCUACACGAGUUGGUGAACUUCUGGAGCUGGAUGUACUUCAUGAUUGGCUUCACAACAGUCUUUGGUUGGUUAGGCCAGGGUGUCUGCUUUGCUGUCUAUUCGCAACGUCUGACACACAACGCACGUGUAAAAGGUCUAGAGACUAUCCUGUACCACGAAAUCGGUACAUUUUUGCGCGAAGAUCAUUCCACUGCAGCCCUGACCAGCGUUCUCUCCAGUAGUGCAGCCAGUCUCCAAGGGCUAUCAGGUGCUGUUCUAGGAACGCUUCUUGUUGUUCUCACCACUCUUAUUGCCGGUCUCGCUCUGGCAACGGCUAUUGGGUGGAAGCUUGCCCUUGUGUGUGCGAGCACUACUCCUAUCCAGCUCGGUUGUGGUAUACUGCGCUUGAAGUGCGUUGCACUGCUCGAAGGUCACUCUCGUCGUGCAUACGAGGCCUCCGCGACUUACGCCUGCGAGUACAGCUCUAAUAUCCGCACCGUCGCGGCGUUAAACCUAGAGACUAAAAUCCAAAGAGACUACCAUCAUAUUCUCGAAGAGCAACGGAAGAAGUCAUUGGUAUCUGUCAGUCAGUCCUCGCUGUUGUACGCUGCGUCGCACUCGCUAAACUUCCUGUGUGCGUCGCUGGCGUUUUGGUAUGGUAGCAGAUUGGUGGCAACUGAGAACUACACACUAUUCCAGUUCUUCGUCUGCUAUACCGCCGUGAUUGCCGGGUCGUACUCUGCUGGUGCUAUUUUCUCAUUUGCACCAGAUGUUGGGAAAGCAAGGGACUCUGCAGAACGGAUGCAGGCGCUAUUUCGCCAGCCUGUCGGCAUCGACGCAAGGGCAAGUGAUGGGGCUACCUCGUCGACAGCCGAAGGGUCUAUCGAGCUCCGAAAUGUAUCCUUUCGCUAUCCCAACCGUCCAGACAGGAUAGUUCUCGCUGAUGUCAGCAUCGUCGUUCAGCCUGGGGAAUAUGUUGCCUUAGUGGGAGGUAGUGGUAGCGGCAAGAGCACCAUCAUUUCACUCAUAGAACGCUUUUUUGAUCCAGACAAUGGUCAAGUCAUUUUCGGCUCAAACAACGUUAAAAAUCAUAACUUGAAAAACUACCGGAGUCAGCUGGCCUUAGUCAGUCAAUCGCCAACAUUGUUCGACGGGACGAUACGCGACAAUAUUGUGUUCGGCGUGGAGAAUGGAAGUCCCAGCGAAGAAGCGGUGAUACAAGCAUGCAAAGACGCCAACAUCUAUGGUUUCAUCUUAUCUCUGCCAGACGGAUUCAACACGACGGUUGGGGCACGAGGUGUCAUGCUAUCAGGCGGCCAGAAACAACGGAUCACGAUUGCGCGAGCGUUGCUUCGGAACCCGAAAGUUCUACUACUCGAUGAGGCAACCUCAGCGCUAGAUUCAGAGUCCGAAAGGGUCGUCCAGGAGGCGUUAGAUGCUGCUGCACGUGGCCGAACAACAAUCGCCGUGGCCCAUCGCAUCAGCACUGUAAAGCAUGCCGAUUGUAUCUAUGUGCUUGAACAUGGCCGUAUUGUUGAACAAGGAACCCAUCGAGCCUUGAUGGAAGCGAAGGGGAGGUACAGCGAGUUGGUUAAACUGCAGAGUCUCGGUGAUUAG